UCCAGUCAGACAUCUAUUUAGACAAGAAAUGGAUUUUGUGGCUUCGAUCAUGUCUUCGAGAAGCCGCAGACUUGUGCCGUGCUUGGUGCGUGACACCACCAAUUUGUCUGGUACUGAAUCAGACGUAACAGUUGGUGUAGGACAAACUUUAAAACUCCAGCUGCACCAACCACGGCACCCUCGCCUUUCUCAUUUGUCCCUCUCUACCUUCGGAUUGUGCUUUGGGCAACACCGGUAGGGUGGCAUAAUAUGCAUGUCAUUGCUUUAGAAGACUCAUCGACUCAGUUAGUUGCGGUAGCAUAUAUGCAUAGCUAGCAAAGGUUUUGUUGUUGCCAUUGUUGUUGGCACCUAUCCUUUGGAGGGAGCGCAGCAGUAUCGACAUAAUAGACUGAAGAUUCUCUCGGAACCCUGGCGUUGAAUUCCAUUCCUGGCUCGUCCAUUCAGAUCGUUUCACUUCCGCUGAUUUCGAUUUUCUCGCCCCUGAGGGACGAUACAAAAUUGGAGUGGCCCAGAUAACCUAUUCCUACAACAUACAAGUAACAGUCGGCAUGGGUCCUUCCAUCAUCAAAGUCAAGGCUCCACGCCGCGGCUCCGCUACUGCCUCCACAUCUUCCUGCUCUUCCGGUCUUAACAAUCACAACGACAAUAAUAAUGCGGACCAAGGGCGGCAGCAAGUCAAGGAGGGUAUCAGGGAUGGCCCAUCAAGUCCCCCAGGCAAAGCUCAUCGCAGAGUCAGCUUCACCACGGCUACUACCAUGGAAGACCCUCCUUCUGUCGUCUUGGUGGGGGAUUCUCUGGCCAAUACAACAUGUAGUGAACCCCCGCCGGGAGAUGCCUGGAUGACUGACAAGACGUUUUCCGCUUCCGCUGAUACCUUGCCAUCCUGCAAUCGCCGAGCUCAGCAUACAACAAACAUGAUGGACAACAACUCGUCUACCCAUUCAUCAAGCCCUCCGUCAAAAGGCAACCACUAUGCUUAUUCGUCGUCAUCAGCAGCGACGAGUAGUUAUCUACAAUUCUCGCAAUCCUUUCCAGCGGCUCGGCCCACUCGAACCAAGAGGUCGGCAAGUAGACGGACUUCCCUGGAUUCCUGUUCCACAUUCUCCAGUGCCUAUUCCUCUUCCUGCUAUUCUACCGGAGGAUCCCUGGCUUCACUACUCAUUAGCAAGGAUGAAGCCUUUCAACGGACCAAACUGCUCGAAUGUGUCGAAUGGCUCAGCCGGCAUCUUUCUCGGCAUGUCGUCCAGCAGUUGAUGGCGCAAGUACUAAAGCAGCAACCGUUGAUGUUGAAUUCCGGGGUUUGUCAUCCCCAAGAAGUUGCUUGCACCACUAAUAAUGGAACGGCAAACAACCACCAAACAAGGGCUCGUCGUGGUGGUGCCAAGAGACGACGGGCAUCUGCUUCCGGCGUCGUAGGCUCCUCGAUCAGAACUUAUAGUCAGUCUCCUUCGAGUGAAAUCAUGGCAAGUACCCGCCCCAAACGGCAUUCCCAGCCGACGUUGUCAAACCACAACAAUGAAUUGAAUUCCCCCGCGAGACGAAGCUGUUCCGUGGUUCAAUGCAAGACAAUUGGAAACGAUGAUGGCGCAGCACCUCAUGAUCACGAUGGCCUGAUGAUGAUGAUGGAGGCAUCAGAGCAACGUUGCGAACAACGACGAAUCAAGACACAACAAUCGCUUGAUAGAUUGUCAUCUUCGUUCAACGAUGACAUGUCGCUAUCCGAUGACGAUGACGACGAUGAAGCGAGCAUUGACUUGGCGGCGUUCGAUGAUGAAGAGCCCGCGAAUGGGGACCAUGAACCGGACACUGCAGUCAGUUUUGGAAUGAUACCGCCCGAUUACCAUCCAGCGGCUCUCCUCCUGGUCGAUAUCUCUGGGUUCACAUCUCUUUCCAACAGGCUAUCCCUUCAAAGCCUUUCCGAAACUAUCAACGCAUACUUUCAGCGUAUCGUCACUUGCAUCCAGGACUACGGAGGGGACGUGGUCCGGUUUGCUGGGGACGCCGUCAUGGCAGAAUGGAGAGUGGAUGAGGGCGAAGAAAACGAUGACAGAUGUGUGCAAUUGGCAACGGCGUGCGCUUGCCAAAUCAUUGGGCGCUGCUCCAAUUACCGCGUUUACGAGGACAAGGCAGAAACAACGCUAGUGGCAAGCUUGAACGUCCACUGCGGGAUUGGAUAUGGAACAAUCGUGGGGUUUCAUGCGGGAGACGACAGGCGACGAGAGUUUUUGCUGCUCGGCGACCCAAUACAUCAGGCAUCUGAAGGUAUCAGAUUGGGGAAAGAAGGAGAAGUAGUAGCGUCUCCUCAAGCCUUUAAACGUCUGCGAUCCACCACAGGCCAGAACAUGGACGACGGGCACGAAGCUGAAACAUUAGAGGAGGAGGGUCCACGGGUAGUUUUCUCGUCGCGAGAUGAUUGGCAAGAGACAAGACCGAUUUUUCUCGAUACAGAAAAGGUGCUGAUUCCACCACCGCUCUCUUCAGCGUCCUCAAAACUAGCCACAAAGACUUGGAAAUCUCUCUUGCGAGACUGGGACGUCGCAUCUCUCUUCCGAUUACAAGAACUGAUGUCGCUCUAUGUUCAUCCGAACGUGGUCGAGGGAGAACUUUUCACAAGUGUGUUUCACUGCAAACGAGCGCUGGCCUCGGCAUCUUUUGAUUCCGAUUCUUCCUCCGAAGCAUCCUGUGAACAGAAUCAUAACCGACAGGAGGGGCUCAAGCAGGAUCAACGUAUGUUACAGUCCGAGGCCGAGAUUCGAAAGGUAUUCACUGUCUUCUUGCAACCUGAGAUCUCGGUCGACGUUACUGGCGACCCCAUCGAUGAUCAAGCAAUGAUGGCAACGUUAAAUCAAGUCAUGGUAUUAGCAAACCGCGAGUUGGCUCGAUUCAAGGGUCGCUUGAGACAGUUCAUCGUUGAUGACAAAGGAGUAGUUUUGAUCGCCAACUUUGGGUUGCGAGGUACUGCCUUGGAUUGCAUGAUUGAGACACACGCAAUGCCGUUCGCGGCAAGCCUUCGAUCGGCGCUACAAUCAGAGGCGAAUGUGACUUGUCGCUUGGGCGCCACUUAUGAUGAUGCGUACUGUGGUGUGGUAGGGGGUAUCUCUCGUCACGAAUACGCGGUCCUUGGACCUUCUGUUAAUUUGGCUGCCAGGCUGAUGUGCAGCAAACAGAACCGGGGAUUUCUGGUAGCGUCGGGGGUGCAUGGAGAUGCUACUGGUUGGUCGUUUCGGGCAUUGCAACCAGUCAAGGCCAAGGGAUAUGCCGAGCCCGUGCCUAUUUUCGAACCUGUCAUGCACAGGCGUUCACAGUGGACACGACUUUCCGAGAUUUUCGUUGGGCGAGAGGAAGAGCUCGAAAGCAUAAUGGUUCUUUCAGAGGAUCUCCUAAGAUCAGGAUGCUCCUCAGCUAAGAUGGUUCUGAUCUCUGGGUCCAGUGGGAUGGGGAAGAGCUCUUUAAUGACGCAAGCAAUUGGUCAGAUUCUGGAGGAAUGCGACAAAAGCAAGCACUCUCAUCUCUUUCUUGCGCAGGUGUGUUGCGAAGGCGACCUCUUCCGUCCAUUGAGCGUCUUGGGACCAGUACUUCUAGAUAUCCUUGCGCGGGCAGGAAAGAAGCCCGAGGUUGCUUGUGCAGAUGACUGUCCCGCAGUCGAAACAGUUCAUGGUCCUGCGGGCACAGCACUUUGCAAUAGCGACGGGGCAGUCGCUGUUGAGCAGUUCUACGCCGCCUGCCUCGAUGCGAAUGUCACAAAUGAGUACAUCGAAGCCAUCUACUCACUGGUUUUCCAUCACAAGUGGCCUGAUCUUGAAGGAACAGAAGACAGCUACUCCAACAUUGCGGCGAGCCACUGUUGGUCGACUGCUGAAAAGAAUUCUCUGGCACAACAAGUUGUCUCGAUCCUUCUUCAUUCGACCGUUGAUCUUGAUCUGGUGCUAUUGGGAGUCGACAACGUGUCGUUCAUGGACGAGUUUUCUUGGAAAGUGAUCGAGAUGUGGUAUGCAAACGCAUGUAACCUCAUUGUAUUAGGGGCGUCCAACGCAUCAACAGUAAAGGAUUUCAACAUGUCAGCGGCCUUCUGGGACUACCUGUUCAACGAAGCCUUGGGGUUGAAUAGCUUCCUUCAUAUCGAAUUGCCACCAAUGGGAUUGGAUGAUAUUGACAAAUUGAUCAGCUACCACGAGAAGGCCAAGAAUAUCACAUGCCUUCCAUCUGAUGCCGUGAGAAAGGAAUACGGUCGGGAGCUAUACCUGCAGUCAGGGGGCAAACCGCGAUUGGCUGUGGACAUGAUCGCAAGGUUUGGUGUCAGUGCUGUUGUCUCGCCAGAGGUGUUCGACGGAAACACCACGAAGCAAGCUUCGAACCGUAGAGAAUUUCAUCCUGUGGGGUCUAUGGACUCAGAUGGUGAUUCAUCGUUUGCAGCGCAUGUCCUUCAAAGGUUGGACUCGGUGCCAGCCACAGUUAGAACACAUUUGAACUUGGCAGCAAUUCUUGGAGAAUUCUUUUCAGCGCAAGAUGUUAUUGUCGUUAUGGAAACAUAUCGUGGAAUAAAGGCCGAAGAAAGGGAAGACCACGCGGAACUCGUGUUGGAGGCGCUGCACGAGGCUGUUUCUUUUGGGAUACUCAACGCGGAAAGCAACGACAGUGGCGCUGACAUAGCUACACGGUUCGGCUUCACCCACGGAGCUUGGCGAAAGAAGAUCCUGCAGCUUACGUUGAAUAGCUGGCGGGAUGACAUCCUGGGCUUGGUCGAGCAGAAUUGCGGCUGCAGUGCUGGUUCAAAUGGAUUUUCUCUGGCUCACUACGGUCACGCAGAUUGACAUUGACACCGCGACAAUAAGCAAGUUGCAAGAUGAUGACUUGCCGAACAGAACGAUGCAACAGCCAAGGAGUGAGGGAGGGAGAAAGGGAAACGCAAGGGCACAACGAGGCAGACAGCGACUUGACCUGACACACUAGUCCACAAGUAGGUGUUCAACGGAGAUCAAUCAGUUGCCGUACCGAUACGCCCGCAGCAAUGGUCUGCCAGUGAAGAAUCUAGAAAGCCAGCAGUCUAUUAAUAGUGCCACUAGCUGGGUACGGUACCUGGUACUGUUGGUCGAAUCAUCUGCAACGAAUAAUUGGGCUUGACUGUCUAAAUUACUUCUCCAAAGCAAGCUAGCUAGAAGGGAAAGCCUCAUUUUUGCCUCGUACGGUAAUGGGUGAUGGCUAGCCAGCCGUUCAGGGUGCAAAAGGUUGGCUUCAGCCAUUAUUUAGACUAUGCCAUCCCUAAUAAAAAACAAAGGUCCCUCCAGUUCAGUCCAGGCAGUUCAAAGGAUCGACUCAAUGGGUAUCCAGAGUGGAUUGUUGCAGCUGCCAGGUACUUCUCCCGGCAGUCCAAUCCAUGCAGACAGCUAGCUAGAGUACUCGUACGACUGUACUAGCUAGCUAGUGGUGGUGCAAUAUCAUCUCCCGAACCCUUUUACCUGAGUAAAGCCAGGCAGCCAGCUAAAGAAUUUUCCUGACUAACCAUCAAAAGCCGACCAAUCGGUCGAGGACUUAAUAUCCUACUCGUUCGCGCCAUAGAAAGUUCCUUGGCCUAGACAGAGUUGGCCAACACUCCUAAAUGAAAUAUUUGCAAGUCAUGCGAAACAUUCGUCAAUGGUGUAAGUACCGUAACCAUAAUCCCCUCAGCUUUUGGUUAUUU